AUGGCAUCCACAGUCGAGACCAUCAACUUUAUGCAAUCAGUAAUUUGCGCCAUUGCUUUCGUGUUGGCCAUUUGCUACAAGAUCUUGCACAGGAUGGAAGGACGAGAGGAGUACGAGCUCCAAGCCAGCCGCCAGCUGCUCCGCGGAGGCGCCAAAGACCUCGCCUGCAACAACGAGCAGGGCGAGCAAGAGGUGCUGGAUAAGAUCCGUCUCCGCCAACUAGUCGACGAGGAGAGGAGGAGCCGCAUGUUCCUGCGCUCGCACAUCCACGCCAUCUUUGCCUGCGUUCAAAACCGCCAACAGCCCUGCGGCUGCAGAUAUACCGACCAAAGACGCGCCCGGGAUUUCGACGUCGACUUCCUCCGAGAAAACCACUCUGCACACCUCGCCGACUUCGGCUCCUAUCAAGAUUUCGAUACGGCCUCCACCAGCAGCGGCACCAGUGGCACUACAACUCCUUUCACCGGUGGCACCGCCACUCCCGCCACUCCCGUCACCCCCGUCAUUGCAGUUGCCAUCACACUGUCGUUGCUGCCCGAGAACAGAUACGACUCGUGCCUGUCCUUUUUACAAGAUUAUUUUGACGAUGAGCUCAACUGA